AUGUCUAACUUUGUUACCGCCAAACUUGCCAGAAAAUUGGGUUUGCCUCGUACCCGAAAUUCUUCGUUACAAAUCCGAGGACUGAACUCUAUGUCAUCCCUCUGGAAUAAGGGAACAAUUAAAUGCAACGUUCAGCCAUGUAAUGCUUCUCAGAUUUCUUUCGAUUUCGAUGCUGUGAUUACCUCUAACAUCUGCUCAGAUCAGUCAACAUAUGAAUCCAUUCAGAAGGCUUAUGAUCAUUUAAAGAAUAUACCUUUUCAAAAGGAAUUCAAAUCAAACCUAAAAGAAGUAGAUUUACCUUUGGGUGCCGAAUUGGUACCCCAGAUACUCACUGGUGGACGUAUACGAGGAGGGCCAAACGAUCCUGUGGCUGUAGAAUCUAUAUUUGGAUGGUUACUUAUGGGACGUUUAUCAUCGUCAUCCUCAUCAUCACCAACAACGUGCCUAUCACCUAUUUCCUCGUCACUUUCUCUGGAUAAUACUAUACAAAAAUUUAGGGAAAUUGAAUCCAUUCCUGUAACAUCUUUGAAUACUUCAGAAGAAGAAACAUGUGAAAAACAUUUUCGAGAAACUUACCAACGUAUGACUAAUGGUAGAUUUGUCGUUUCCUUACCUUUUAAAUCUAGCAAACCUUCCCUCGGAGACUCCUACCAAACCGCUCUUAGAAGAUUCAAAUCCUUAGAAAAUCGCCUUCUAAAAAAUCCCUCCUUACACCAAGAUUACGUAUCAUUUAUGUCUGAUUACCUCCUAUCUGGCCACAUGAGUUUGAUCACCACUAAUCCAUCUCUCUCCUCUACUUCAUACUACAUACCCCAUCAUUGUGUCACACGCGCAGAAGGCGCAUCUAGCAAGAUCCGAGUAGUUUUCGACGCAUCAGCUGUCACUUCGAAUGGAGAAUCGUUGAAUGACAAUUUACUUAUUGGUCCUAAAUUGCAACAGAAUAUCGUCAAGGUCUUGCUUAAUUUUCGUUACCAUGAAUUUGCCUUUACGUGCGAUAUACAACAAAUGUAUCGACAGAUUUUGAUUUCGGAAAAUCACCGGAACUAUCAGAAAAUUCUAUGGCGGUUCUCACCUGAUGAUCCCAUAGAAGAAUAUAUGUUAAACACCGUCACUUAUGGCGUUUCAUCAGCACCUUUUUUGGCGCUCAGAACAAUUAUCGAACUUUCACGUUUAUAUUCUCAUGAAUUUCCGGUAGCUUCCAAGAUUCUUCAACAUGACACCUAUGUAGAUGACAUUGUCACAGGAGCGAGUUCUUUAAUGGAAGCAUGUACCCUACAAUCAGAUCUGAUAUCAUUAUUGCGUAAAGGAGGUUUCGAAUUGAAAAAAUGGGCGAGCAACUGUCCAGAUCUUCUACAAGAUGUUGCGGAGACUGAUUUACAAAAACCAAUAUCCAUGGAUUAUGGAGAAUUUAAUUGCAUAAUGGUUUUUGGCCUUCAAUGGGACCCCAAAAGAGAUCUAUUUACUUACUCCUUCACUCCCAUACAUAAAUCCUGUACCAAACGUUCCAUACUAUCUGACAUUGCCCGUAUAUAUGAUCCCCUUGGAUUUUUAAUGCCUUGCACACUUAAAACAAAAACUUUCAUAGAACAAUUGUGGCAAUUGAAAUUAUCCUGGGACGACACGCCUCCAUUGUUCAUUUCUGAAAAUUGGAAAAUAUUUAAGAAUGAUCUCAUUCAGUUAUCUAAUUUAACUUUACCCAGAUUAGUUAUUCCGAAUAACUCUGAAUCCAUACAAUUGCAUCUUUUCUGUGAUGCCUCUCAAAUUGGAUACUGUGCCGUUGCUUAUUUACGUUGCCAAGUCCAAGGUACAAUUGAAUCUUCGCUUUUAUGCGCAAAGGCUCGUGUAGCACCCUUAAAAACUAUCACGAUUUCACGCUUAGAACUAUGUGGUGCAGUUCUUCUCACUGAUUUGUUGUCAACAAUUCAAGAAACAUUAUUUCCUAAAAUCAAUAUUGAUUCGAUUACUGCUUGGACAGAUUCGAAAGUUGUUUUAUCUUGGAUUUCCUCUUCCCCAAGUAGAUGGAAAAUAUUCGUCGCGAAUAGGGUCUCACAUAUCCAGGGAAUUUUACCUGCAAAUUGUUGGAAACAUGUUCCGUCUAUUGAUAACCCCGCAGAUUGUGGUUCCCGCGGCCUUUUUCCCAGUCAGUUAAUCUCCUCUACUUUAUGGUGGAAAGGUCCUUCAUGGCUUGCUGAUUCAUCAAAUAAUUGGCCCGCAUCAUCUGAAAACAUAAGUGAUACACACGAAGUAGUUAUUGAACAGCAAUCCAAAUAUUCAUAUAUCCUUGACACUUACCCGAAUCAUUUUAUUGAUGAUCUUCUAACUAAAUUUUCUUCUUUCAUUAAAAUUCAACGAAUUAUUGCAUAUGUUCGACGGUUUAUUAACCACUGUAAAAAACAUUAUAAAUAUUCUACCAUAAAUUUAUCACCAUUUGAGAUUCAAUCUGCGUUAACGACAAUUUUAAGUCAUGUACAGUCUCAACAUUUUUCAACGCUAAUUACUUCCAUUAAAAAUAAUCAAAUUCCUGAAAAGUCUUACCGUAAACUUGCUUUUUUUUUGGACCGAGAUGGUAUUAUUAGGGUGGGUGGUCGCCUUAAACACGCUACAAUCCCGUUUGAUCAUAAACACCCAGUGUUGUUAUCUAAAAACAAUCGUGUGAGUGAACUUAUUGUGGAAGAAAUACAUAAAACUUACCUCCAUCCUGGACAACGCACGCUUCAAGCAUUGGUGAUGCAGCAAUACUGGAUCAUCGCUGCAAGGAGUGUUAUUCACCGAGUGGUCUCCAGAUGCUUCCGAUGUUUCCGUUGCAAGUCGAGGUCAUACGUCCCCUGGAUGGCCGAUCUACCAUCAUUUCGCCUCGCACAAGUUAAGGCGUUCUCCACUGUGGCUGUUGACUUCGCUGGCCCCAUUUUUACCACCAUUAGCCGUCAUCGGGGAUCGCGAUCUACUAAGUCUUACAUAUGUGUAUUUGUGUGUACAUCCACAAAGGCUAUACAUCUUGAGUUAGUUUCAGACUUAUCAACGGAAGCUUUCAUCGCUGCACUACGUCGUUUCCAAUCACGUCGAGGUCAAUGUACCCUUAUUUUAUCCGAUCAAGGAACCAACUUCGUGGGUGCUUACAACCGACUGCGACAGAUGGCCGAUACCGCAGGCGAAAAACUCAAUCUCCGGUGGCAAUUCCAUCCUCCAGGAGCUCCCCACUUCAAUGGCUUAGCGGAGGCUGGAGUCAAAUCCGUUAAAUACGACUUGUUGCGUGUGAUUGGUGAACAAAGACUCACCUUCGAGGAAGUUUAUACUCUACUAACACAAAUAGAAGCAGUGCUUAAUUCGAGACCAUUAUCACCACUUACCGAAGAUCCGAAUGAUCUCCAAGCACUCACUCCCGCACAUUUUUUGUGUCUCGAACCUAUAACCUUUUCUGUUUUAGAUUCUGAUCUUACUCAGAUUCCAAUCAAUCGUUUAGAUCGAUGGAAAUUAUUGCAAAGAAUGAUGCAGGAUUUCUGGAAAAGAUGGCAUCAGGAAUACUUGUCAACGCUCCAACAGCGACAAAAAUGGAAUAUUCCUACAUCUAAUCCUUCCGUAGGCGAUCUAGUAAUUAUUCGCAAUGAGCAGCGUCCUCCGUUACAAUGGGAAAUAGGUCGGAUAGAACUUAUUCAUCCCGGAGUCGAUGGCGUCAUUCGUGUUGUCACAAUUAAAACGAUAAAUGGCCGCUUGACGCGACCAGUAACCAAACUUUGUUUAUUGCCAACUUAA